UAAGGUAACAUAACCGAUAACUGCUGUCUGUUAUACGUAACGCGUUUUCAAAAUAUAAAUUUUAUUGUAGUUAGUAUUUUGCUGAAUUUAUUGUAAAACGUGAAAUUGAUAUCCAAUUUAAAUAAUUUUCUACGUAUAAUAUACUGGCACCAAUUUUAAGGAAAUACACAACAUGAGUUUAGUAACUAAAUUUCUCCCAAAAAAACUGGGAACGCACAACGGUCAAUUUCAUUGUGAUGAAGCAUUUGGUUCGUAUAUGUUGAGAUUACUGUAUCCAAAUUUGGAAAUAAUUCGUACACGAGACGAGAAUUUAUUGAAUGAAUGUGAUAUUGUCAUUGACGUCGGCGCUGUGUACGACCAUAGUAAACGUCGGUACGACCACCAUCAGAAAUCGUUCAACCAUUCUAUGAGCACAUUGGUUCCGAAUGCCAAAUGGACUACAAAACUGAGUAGUGCAGGGCUUGUCUAUUGCCAUUAUGGCCGUGAAGUAUUAGCCAAGGUAAUUAACAAGGACAUACAAGAGAAUGAUUUAAACACUAUUUAUUUAAAAGUAUAUGAAUCAUUUGUUCAAGAAAUUGAUGCUAUUGAUAACGGCGUUUCUAUAUGUGAUGGUAUGCCAAAAUACAAUAUAAAUACUAAUUUGAGUAGUCGAGUAGGCACAUUGAACAAACAAUGGAAUCAUGUUGGUGAAUUUGAUGAAAUGGCUGCGUUUGAAAAAGCAAUUAAAAUGAUUGGUGCUGAAUUCACCGAAACUGUACUUUAUACAUUUCAAAAUUGGUUGCCGGCCAGGACAAUAAUAGUUAAAUCGCUCGAGAAACGAUUCAAAACUCACCCAUCUGGGCGUGUAUUAGAAUUAAUUACUUUUUGUCCGUGGAAAGAACACUAUUUCAUACUGGAAGAAGAACUUGGUGAUGACCUUAAUCCUAAAAUUGAUUUUAUCAUUUUUAGCGAUUCUAACGGGAAUUGGAGAAUUCAAGCUAUGCCUCUAACACCUAAAUCCUUCGAAUUACGAAAACCUUUACCAAAGAGCUGGUGGGGAUUACGAGACAACGAACUUAGUCAAGUUUCCGGAGUGGAUGAUUGUAUAUUUUGCCAUGCUACUGGUUUCAUUGGUGGUAAUAAAUCUAAAAAUGGAAUAAUACAAAUGGCAGAAAAAGCAAUUGAAUGGCAAGAACUGGACAGUUGAUGUUAAAUAUUUAAAAUGUAAUAAAUAUUAGCUGUAUACUUACAAA